GGAGGCGUAUCUUAUGUAAAUCGUAAUCACGAGUCUUAUUUAUAUACUGAUAAUAGACCCAGAAACAAAAUCUCCUUCAGUAUUAUGAUUUCUCUCUCUCUCUCUCUCUCUGUACAUCGGUUCCGUAGAAAGAUCUAUUGCAUUCCUUACGCUUCGAUAAAAAGUUAAACAUGUGAUCGUUCCUGCUCAACGACUGUUGGAUAAAUUGUCCAGUGGAAAGAAAUUUUGCUGAAACGCUACACAGUAGGUUGCUAACACGAGGAAAAGAGCAAAAGAAAAAGAAAAAAACAAAAUCAUAAGCUGAAAUAUAGUUAAUAAAAGUGGAUUCUAAGGAGGGGGCUGGGCCUACGGAGAGUUGUCCGGAAGGAGGGGAGUUGGUUCCUUGUGAAGUACAAGCAAUUCCAGAACCAUAUCAGGGUAUGGAGUUUGAAUCUGAAGAAGCUGCAAAGGUAUUUUACGAUGAGUAUUCCAGGCGAACAGGUUUUGUCAUGCGUGUGAUGGGCUGCCGCCGAUCAGAUAUUGAUGGAAGAAUUCUUGCCCGCCGACUUGGAUGCAAUAAGGAGGGUUAUUGCAGGGGUAAAUCCGCUUCUGUUAGGAAGCCAAGGCAAAGUACAAGAGAAGGAUGUAAAGCCAUGAUCCUAGUAAAGUGCGAUAAAUUUGGAAAAUGGAUUGUCACCAGAUUUGUGAAGGACCAUAAUCAUCCACUUGUGGUUUCUCCUCGUGAAGUGCGCCCUACUAUGGAUGAAAAGGAUAGGAAAAUACAGGAGCUAAUAUCAGAGCUACGGACUAAGAGACGCUUAUGCGCAUUAUACCAGGACCAGUUAACUGCUUUUGUGAAAGAAGUUGAAGAGCACAAUAACCAACUCUCAAAGAAGGUGCAAAUUGUAGUGAACAACCUAAAGAAAUUUGAUCCUGUAGAGAUGGAGCUUUCACAUCAUAGAUAGCCCCUGCUAGCUGGUGGUAGCUGCAGCAAUAGAAGAAAGAAGAGAAAGGAAAGCAUGACUAAUGAGUACGUGUUUGUGUAUAUAUAUGAAUGAACUGGUAGCUUUUGUUUUGAUACAGCAGCUGCAAUUGCCAUUGUUGAGGAUUUGCAGCAAGCAAGCAAGCAAAGGUCUCCAUGUCUUUAGUUUGCUGGAAUAUAUUUUGGAAAUUGUAGUCAAAUCGGUGAUUUGUUGUUAUCUCUGUACGCCAUUUGGCAUUGGAAUCUGAGCAUCUGUAUUUCGAUUAAUAAGUCGGAAUUUAUUUUGUACCCUACAAAUUUGUCACAUGCCUGUGCCUGUGUAUGCCGGCGGUGAUCCUAUCCACCACCAUGGUGGGGCACCGCCAGUGUAUUUUUUGUAAUUUUAAGAUAAAUUUGUAUAUUUUAUAUCGUUUAU